AUUCCGCCCUAUGUAAAUUGGACGUAACUUUUGAAGGCGGGUUUUGUGGUUUUCUGCUUUAGACUACUGUUAUGAGGAAAGCUCCAUACGACAAAAAUGCUCCAAGGCGACCUCUUUCAGCGUUUAUGUUGUUCAUGAAAAAGCGCAGACAAGAAUCAGAAUAUAUUGCUUCACAGUCAUUUUCAGACAGAAAUCGUAUUAUUGCUACUGAAUGGGCUGCUCUAUCUGCUGAAGAGAAACAAGUAUAUACUGACCAAGCUGCCGAAGGUCGUGAGUCAUACAAAAAAUUGUUUGCUGAAUACAAAACUACUGAUAAUUACAAGAAAUGGUUAGCUUCCAAUGAAACGGUCAAUGCUAAUGGGUCCAAAGCUGGAUGUAAACGACCAGUAAAACAAAUAUCACAUACUAAAAACAAUGACAUGGAAGCAGAUUGCAAGAUUUCAAUAUUUACUCAUGAAUUUCUGGAAUACAACAGACUUCGUGAAGUUAUCUUGCGUCAAUUGAAGAAGCACGUAUCACAACUUGAAGAAGAAACCGCUCUACUAAGUAAGCACGUGGAAAAUCUUGUAAAUGCUGAAAAUCGGACAAAAAAUCAAAUUAAUACAACGAAAGAAUUACUAACUAAUGAAGAAAAUUUAUUGAAACAGCUAUGUAAAGAGUUAACAAUUGCUUUAAGCGAUAUCAUUUUGCCCAAUUAUACAUCGGAUAUAAAUUUUAAAGGAAUUGAACAUAUUACAGAAACAAGUGUAGAAUCUUUUCUUUCAAGAUUAGAAUCCUUAAAAAAUUCUUCAUCUUAUUUAGAAUUAUCAUCAAAAAUUAUACAAUCGAUUCGUUUAGCUUGUCAAAAGAAAAUAAUUAAAUUGUUAACUUGUGAAGAAAUAAAUUGAAAAGAAGUUCCUUUUUUAAUGAGAAAAUUCAUUUUGUUGUUUUAUAUUUAAAUGUUUAUCUUAUUUGUAUAAAUUAAAAUAUUUCUGUAUUUACAAAUAUAAUUGUUUCUAUACACACAGAUACAUGAUAGAGAAAAUUAAUUUUUCUAUUUAAUUUAUAUAUUCUAAUUUUUUAUCUUAUUUAAAUUAUUCUUCCCAUGGUCUAUUUACUCUUUUAUUUUCCCAUUUAGUUUUUUUAGAGGAAUCAGUAACUUCUUUAAGAAAUUCAACAAUAUAAUCUUCAUCUAAAUUAGGUAAUUGUACUGUUAAUCGCUUUUUUUCAUGAAUACAAUAUCGCAUAUAUGUUAAAUAA